AUGGGACUCAAAGCUGUUCACUUCGGAGGUGGGAACAUUGGCCGUGGCUUCGUUGCCGAGAAGCUAUGCCAGUCUGGCUUUGAGGUUGUCUUCGUCGAUGUCAUGGACAAGCUCAUUGAGCAGCUCCAGCAGACCAAGAGCUACACUGUCACCGAGAUUGGAGGGGAAGGCGAAAAAGUCAACACGAUCAGCAAUUACCGUGCCAUCAACUCUAAGACUCACGAGAAAGAUGCCGUGCAGGAAAUCUCCAGUGCAGACUUGGUUACCUGCGCCGUCGGCCCCAACAUCCUCAAGUUCAUUGCUCCUGUCAUCGCUAAAGCCAUCGAUUCUCGUACUGCGUCAACACCAAUCGCUGUCAUUGCCUGUGAGAAUAUGAUUGGGGCUACCGACAACCUCGCAGGGUUCAUCAAGGACCCUAAGAACACCCCAGAAGACCGUCUCUCCUCCAUCAGCGAGCGUGCCCGCUUCGCCAACUCUGCUAUCGAUCGUAUUGUGCCAGGUCAAGAUCCCGACGCCGGUCUCAACGUUAAGAUCGAAUCCUUCUACGAAUGGGUUGUCGACAAGACACCUUUUGCCCCUCACGGCCCACCAAAGGUCGAAGCCAUCAAAUGGGUCGACGACCUUGUGCCAUACAUUGAGCGCAAGCUCUUCACCGUCAACACCGGCCACGCAGCCGCUGCCUACUAUGGACAUGCUCGUGGGAAGAAGACCAUCGCUGACGCACUCGAGGACAAAGAGAUUCAUGAGAUCGUGCGUGAGUGUCUAGCUGAGACAUCCCACUUGAUCGUCAACAAGCAUGGCAUCUCUGUCUCGGAGCAGAAAGACUACGUAGAGAAAAUCAUCAAUCGUAUCUCAAAUCCACAUCUCGAGGACGUGGUGGAGCGUGUGGGCCGUGCUCCUCUGAGAAAGCUUGGCCGUCAAGAGCGAUUUGUGGGACCAGCACAUCACUUGGCUGAACAAGGUGACAAAUACACCGCGCUGUUGGGAGCAAUGGAGCAAGCCUUCAACUUUGUGGACGUUGAGGGCGAUGACGAGAGCAAGGAAUUGAGCAAGAUACUGAAGAGCAUGGAUGCACCGAGCGUGGUUAGCAAAGUCUGUGGUCUAGAGAAAAGUGACCAGAUGUUUGGCCAGGUUCAGGCCAUUGUGGAGAGGGUGCAGAAGAAGUAA